AACGACACGAUCAUCCGUACGGUUGUGAUCUUCGCUGAGGGUAUAUUCAAAGGCGAGUCUCAGGUCUUGCAUCCGGUCGAGAGUCAAAUCCAGCCCGAGAUCAGUGUCACACUCCGACCGCCCAAAGACAUACCCAUCGAUCUGCACAUCAAAGCGCUGGUCGGCUAUAAAUCAAGCUUUCAUUACCACGUGUUUGAGUUGACCAGACAUUUGCCCCGAUUCGCGAUGUAUGCCAUCUCUAAGUCUGUGAACAAACCGCAGAGUUUUGUUACGUUUAUUUUGCCCGAAAAGUUGGCCAAAGUUGUGAUGUGGUUGAACGCCACGUUCCUAUUGGUCGAGGAGUUUGAUUUCGCCGAAACACUUUCGGUGUCAUUCAUAUCAUUACGAGACGGCUCUCCUCUGGUCAUCGAAAUGGAUGGCAAGUCGUCUGAGUUCACGAUACGGACGGACAACAUAGAGCUCGCCGGCGAUCUCAUCCAGAGUCUAGUGUUUGAGUACUUGAGUAUCGAAGACCUGUCGUCGACGGCCAGCUUUCCUCCCGAAGUGGAUCGGCUCAAGAAGUACAUCAACUCUGUUGAAGAGCUGCAGUCCGUUCGGCAACGAUUGGCCGCAGAGAUCGCCGACAACUCCAUUGCCAUCAGAGAGCUGGUGGUGAGGGCUGAAGACGCCCGGCUUAUCGGCGAAAUAAAAUUGAUGAAAGAUUUCUACAAUGAUUUGAAUGCAUUGAACAACGAUCUGAUCACUGAAUACAAGAUCCGUUGCCAGAAUCACACGGAUCUGGUCGAGAGUCUCAAACAGGUGAACGUUAUUAUACAAAGGGCUGGCAAUCUAAGAGUGGGUAAACCAAAGUCACAACUAAUCAAUUCGUGUCGAAACGCUAUCCAACAAAACAAUUUGAAUCUAUUGUCGCGUAUUAUAAGCGAAGGAGAGUUUUGAAUAUAAUAUAUCGGUUCAGAUAUUUGUC